GACUGGCACGACCUUAUCCCCAAUUGUAAGUAGGGGUAGAGGUGCUUUUAAGGGACCUCGCUGUCAUCAGCGCCAUUCUUGUAAUCCAGGCCCCAGGCUCCAGCGCUCGAUUCCCAUCGCCUGCACUGCGGCGCUACCAGUGCUCAAGUCGAUCACUUGGUUCCUUGACUCAAGCAUCAUCAACCAGUGAAAAGGUUAAUAAACGAGCAGAUGAUCGGUCGCUGAGGGAUAAACGCUUUCUUCUUUCAAAAAGGUUGAAGAGCUACAAGGUUCCUUGUCACUUCAUCGAAAGCUUUCAAUUUGCGCAUUCGGUUUGAGAUCAAAGUGCAAGACACAUUGAAACAUGAGCAGAAACAUUGGCAAUAAGUAACUUAAUUUAACUUGUGAGAUUUUCAAGUGCUCCUUAUUGUUUCUUAGCUAGCAUUCGAAUUAUCAGCGAUUCAUUCCAAAGGACCUGAAUUCAUUCGACAUUGUUUAUCAAGCAAAGGAACCUCUGACUUGACGUUUAAAUUUAAUAGUUUGUAAUAGGAUUGGGUUUCCGGAGAGUCGUGUAAGAUUUGCACAUUUACUUAUUGAUGAAGAAAAUUCACAAAGGAUCUGGGAUUCAACAUCUGCACCUGACUAGAGGCGACGUUCAAAACAUCGGCAGCGUCGAUAUUGGACCCUAUUGAAAAUAGUAGCCUGAUAUCAUUCGGAGGCGCAGCUCGCUGACGCCACGACUCACGCAAUAUGGUCGAGAUUGAUUGGCGAUAUUCUAACACUGAUCGCGGCUGAUUGGAAGGAGCUGCUUUGACGGAUUCACAGAAAGUCGACGAAGAUUAGAAUAGAUCGUCUUCUCUUAUUCUUUCUUUGAGGAAUUAAUUGCUUCUCAGGUGAUCUGAGCCUGCUUUUAAUAAAGAUUCGUUCGUGGAGGUAUCUUUGGGAAGUCAUUAUUUCGGGAGCUUUACAGCGAAAACGUUUUUGUUGUUGGAUAAAGAAAGGAUCUUCGCCAUGUGUUUCUUUAAUGGCAAUUAAAAUCGACACGAAAAAUUAUUCGCUGUUGCACGGAAUAUAAAACGUAGUUGGGAUACAAGUGAAUGGCUUUUUGUCUUAAGUUUGUGACAAACUUUGAAAAUCACCUCCUUAAAGGCUAUUUGGGGGUAUUGAUUGCCGAGGAAAUGCAUUACCAUGAUGUCCGCAAUAUUUGAUGAUUCGUUCGAAAAUGGUAUCGUUAAACUACGCAAUUCGUGGACGAAAGAAUAAACAAACGUUGUAAUUUCUGUGAAGCACACAAUCACUUGUUGUUAGGAAUUAUCGCAUGUGCGAACUACGUCACUGAGUUUUGCGAAAACGUAUUAGAACAUAUCUAAAAUGGCUACAACAACGGCAGCAACAAUGAGUCCAGGUUUCAUGGACUCUGAUCUGAAUGUUAAUGGUUCGGAUAACAAUGAUGGCGGAUUCAAAAAUGGUACAUCUGGAAGUCCGCAUUUCCAUCAGACGGCGCAGGUGGUAUUCCUCUUCAUCCUCUUCAAAUUUAUUGUAAUUGGAAACCUAGCUGUCCUGGUGGCCAUCGGCGUGUCAAAGAGUGGUAGACGAUCUCGCAUGAACUUUUUCAUCAUGAACCUUUGCAUAGCAGAUCUUUCCAAUGCCUUCUUCAAUGUCCUCACAGACACGAUAUGGAAAAUCACAGUAAACUGGUACGCUGGACAAGCGGGAUGUAAAAUAUUUAGAUUCUUACAGGGUGUGACCCAAACUGCCGCGACGUACGCCCUAGUUGCUCUCAGUAUUGACCGACUCGACGCCAUUGCGCGGCCGCUUAGCUUUACAGGGAGUGGUACCCGUGCCAAAGUGUUAGUUGGGACAGCUUGGGGUCUCUCCUUUCUAUUUUCAACACCAAUGAUUGUCCUAAAUAAGUAUGAAAUCAUGCCAGACGGAUUUAAAAACUGUUGGAUAUUCAUGACAGAAACGUGGCACUGGCAGGUGUAUAUAACGCUAAUAGCCAUAUCCUUGUUUAUAAUUCCUGCCAUCAUCAUCGCCGUAUGUUAUGGCAUCAUCAUAUUCAUCGUAUGGGUAAAAUCACGAGACCUCUUGCCAAAAAAGAAAUCGAAGAAAUCAAAAACCAACGGCACAAUCCUUGACGACUGUGACAAUGACACAUGUCGGAGCUCGGACAGAUCCAGUUCCCGCGGAGUCAUACCGCAAGCUAAAAUACGAACAAUCAAAAUGACUUUAGUAAUCGUCAUAGUCUUCAUCAUCUGUUGGACGCCAUAUUUUCUCUUCGACCUCUUGGACGUUUUCGGCCAUAUUGCCCAGAGCUCCAAGAAAGCGGCAACGGUAGUCUUCAUAAAUAGUCUGGCGCCAUUGAACAGUGCCGCCAACCCCAUCAUCUACGGCAUAUUCAGUACUAGGAUAUGUAGAAAUCUCAGACGAAUCGCGGCCUGCGAUUGGGUCAUGCAGAGGCUCUGCUGCUGUUGUCCGUGCAUGAAGCGCCCCCUUGGCCUAUUUGGUGGAACUACACGGUAUUCGACAACAGUCGUGACGGACGUGUCGGUGACGGAAGACCAAGAGCGCCGAAAAUCUGGCGCAAGAUUGAGCCUGGAGCCGCAGAGACGAGUGGCGCCAUACGACGGCGGCCAUACGAAGGAAGCAAGGUCGUUGUUAAGAUCUUUGCCAGAAGAGGGCGUAAAGUGCAAAGAGAUGGAAAGUAUAGCAUAGUAGUGUUUCCUCUCAAUUCCUAACUGAAAGAUGACUUGUGUGCUCUGUACAGGGUGUGUCAAAAGGUACUUCGUUUAGACUCUUUCUUAUAGUAGUUGGUGAAUAUCACCGUUUAUGAUGGUGGCUUCAUAAAUACACGGCCGUGUCAGCGGAGGAAACUAACAAAGCCGUUUAGCAGAGUCUGCGUUUUCAACACAUUUUUGGCCAACAAAGCCUGUUUUCUUCUAUUCAUGUACCUGUUUCUAGGUGCUGGUGUGAAGCCUACAAUGAUUCACCGGACAGAAUAAUUAAUAUCUACCUUUUCUGAGGUUAUUCUGGAGAUGCAUAUUUUUGUCUUUAUAAAUUUUGGUAGGAGCAUUAUAGCGUUGACGUAAUUUGUACUAUCAUCAAAGAGCUUCAAAUGAAGACCUUCAUGUAUUACUUCUAAUUCCAAAGGAAUCGGAAAGCUAUUUCAUUUCAGCCAUUAACACUCAAGAUUUUGCGUGAUAUCGGUGUCAAAAACAAUCACUUGACCAGGGCCCAGUUGUUAGAAAGCAUGUUAGCUCAUAUUCUAAAACAUCUGGAUUUAGAAUGAACCGCACUUUACAUAGUAAUGCACUAUGCACCUACGAAGCCUCGUUUUGAAUUCAGCAGUUAUGGAGAGGCAACAAAACCGCUUGGGUUGGUGCAAAAGAUGGAAGCAUCAUGUUGACAUGUUGUUACAUGCGCAUUGAUGUACAUGAGAAAACAUAUCAGCAUGAUAAAAAGAGCCAACAUGCUUUCUUACAAACGGGCCCAGGUGGUCACUGGUACAUGCGGACGACAUACAGUAUCUGUACUUUAGAAUCCGGCGGGUCUCCACAUUAUAUUCAUAAUUAUUUCUGUAUCUGUAGUUCGUAGUUUAAAUAGCGCGUAAUGGAACACGUAUGAAUUUUUGGCCAAACUGUUGUCCUGUUGGGUCCAAGUUACAUUGUAGAACUGUUCGAUAGACGUCAUCUUAUUUACCAGCGCACACUUUAAAAUAUGGAUAUUUUUGUUUGUUCAUGUUAUGUCAGUAGUGUAUGGUAAUGUUGACUGUGGACAAAAUACAGAGUUGUAUGGCGGGACGGGUCACUUCACAUCCAAUGGGAAUGAAACCCAAACCAUAACGUGACAAUAGACAAAAAAUGUCAAUCAAAUGCAAAGAAAUUCAAUGAGGCUUUCCAAAUGCGUAAGAGCUGUGCACAGACCAAUAGGGAGAUUACUGAUCCCUUAUUAUCAUAAUCUGCUUGUGAAAUGUGGUUUCAACCAGUAGAAUAAUCCAACCAAUGUUAAUUGUGACUGAAAACAAUAGAACACUCUCGUAUAGCACCAGUAUACAUGUAGCGCAUUCGUUUGAGUGAAGGAGUUACACGUGUGUGUGUAUCUGGGGGUAUACUUGACGACCGCCAAUACUAUUGAACUGUAUAGCUGAAUGUACUGUAAUCUGCUUACUAAUAUGCGUUCUAUGUGUUGUGUGUUUUUAACAAUGCAUUUUGUGUCGAAAAUAUUUUGUGUUCAAAAUUAUCAAAUAUCAAAAAUAAUAAUAAUAAAAC